AUUAUCAAACGACCGCAAUACAAUUAAUAUAUGCUAUAUAUAGCAUUACCUGUCUCUCAUUCCAGCAACGUUAGCCAUGGUCAUAGUCGGUGCAGUCAACGGAUGGACAACGAUUUCUCUUUAUUAUCUAAUAGCCGGGAUCGGCGGCGUGCCGCUGACGAUAACACACGACGAAUCUUCAUGGGUGGUUUCUUUGACAGUACUUGGUUCAAUGAUCGGUUCACUUGUGGCUGCACAGUUGGCCGCCCGUAGCGGUUCUAACAUCUGCCUCGUAUUAUGCAACACAAUGUUCACCUUAGGCUGGUUCAUCACCUACGACGCAACUUCCGUGCCAAUGCUAUACCUUGCUCGGGUGAUUCUCGGUAUAGGCGUUGGUAUUGGCAGUACGGUAAAUCCCAUCUACAUGUCAGAAAUCCUCGACAUCAAAAUCAGUGGCUUCCUAGAUUUUCUAAUCGCAGCAAACGCAUCUAUCGGGACAAUAGUGAUCUACACCCUAGGACUCUGGAUGAUGUACAAGUCACUGCUGCUGCUUCUUGUAAUACUAUCCUUUAUAUGCUUCUUGUCGAUCAAGUAUUUCACCGGAACUCGAUAUUUCUCGGUGGCAACAGAUCAAAUGAGGCAAGUCACCAAAAAUACUCACGGAGAGGAAAUGGAAUUAAGUGCUCCACGCGCACAGACCAGAUACGAAUUACACCAACAAUCCAGAAGCGAUUUAUCCUCACAAUCAAGAAGCGAUUUACCCUCACAAUCAAGAAGCGAUUUACCCUCACAAUCCAGAAGGGAGUUAUCCUCGCAAUCCAUAUCUGUACUACACUCAGAAGUCAUAUGCGAAGUAUUACCGCAACCCAAAGGUCAAAUACCCCUACAACCCUCGCGCGAAUUACACUCACAAUCCACAAGCGAAUUACACCAACCAUCCACAAGCGAAAUACACCCAGAGCCCACAAGCGGAAUACACUCACUAAUAAGAAGGGAAUUACACCGUUUAAAUAUACUCACUAGAUAUACCUGGUCAACCAAGCUGCGAGAAAUACUACAACGAAGCAACAGAAAAGCUUUGUUUAUCAUGCUUGGCUUGAUCAUGGCACAACAACUUAGCGGAAACUUCAUCACUAUGCAGUAUCUGCAUGUGUUGUUUAGCAAAACAACGAUUGGCCUCGACACAUACGAAGCGACGAUGUUGGUCCUGGGUGCCGACUCUAUAUCUAGAUCUUUAUCCCCCUUACAAGUGGAAUCUAUGGGAAGAAGAAAACUUUUGAUUCUGUCUACGCUUGGAUCGUGCUCUACAUUGAUUAUUCUAGCAAUUUAUCUUUUGUUAGAUCAACAUGAGUUUGACGUUUCCAACUUCUCUAUUCUUCCAGUUAUCGACUUAAUUAUAUAUCAAGUAAUGUUUCACAUUGGUUUAGGUACGUUACCCAAUAUUCUCCUACGCGAGUUAUUUCCUACGGAACUAAAAGGCUCUGUUCGUGCCAUCAUUGUAAUUUUCGAUGGUAUAAUUGGUUUUACCGUGCCGAAACUGUAUCAAGUGAUUACCGAUAAUGCAGGAUCGUGCGGGAUUUACUUUAUCUUCGCGGCAUCAUGCUCGGUGGCAUUUGUGAUAGUGUUCAUAUGGGUACCGGAAACAAAAGGAAAAACAUAUAACGAGAUUGAAGCGCUUCUAGCUGGUGAAAAUUUGAAUUCUUUGAAUGAAGAAGUUCGAACCGAUGAAAUGGAUAUUCGUAGAAUAUGACAGGAAAAAUUGCACCGUACGUCCGUGGCACGGUGUCUACAUACUCGGCAUAUUUUAUUUCCCAUUUUUAUUAGUAUAACGAUAAAGAUCUACAAUUUUAUCUCGAUAUGCAAUUUCUGUAGUAACGGAGUUUUAUACGUUUCUAAGUGUAAUUUUAGAAAUGUGUCUAACAAAGCUGAUGGUAAUUUAGAAACAUAUGUAUUGGAUAAAUUGACUUGAAUUGAACUUAGAGGAACACAUGUUCUCAAACUAAACUUUUUAUCCAUUUCAUAACACGAACAAUGUAACAAUAUCAUUUAACUCGAUAUAACUGAACAACAGCUUGCAAAAGUUAGAAAAGUAAUAUAUCAAAGAAUGACAGGAUAACAUAAUACUGACA